AUGCUCAGUCUCACCAUCGUGAUCGCCAUUGCCGCUUCUGCCGCCGGCUUCUUUGUGGUAUUAGGUGUCGUGGGUAUUGUGGUAUGGGUGCGGAUUCGCAAGGAACGACAUGCGAUGAGGAUGCUUGGCUUCAGGGAGCCGAAUAGGUCACGGAAGGUCAAGACAUACAAGGGGGAUACUCUGACUGAACUUUCACUCGAGGAUAGCAAUGCUUUGAGGACCCAUGGCGGGUUGCCAUAUGGGAAACCAACAGAAUGGGGUCACUUGACGUCGCGAGAGACUCUGGUGCGACCUAAAAGUGAACCGGAAACCUCAUGGCCGUUGAUGGAAAGGGCAAGAUCUCUUCGAAACUCCAUCCGCCGAGCCCGGUCGAAGCGCUUUAAUCGCACAGGCCAGCGGCAAACGGCAUCCAUGGCCACCGUGAGUGAAGCUGGAACGAUGCAGGACAACAUCCCCCUAUCGGCUGUGGAAGGGAUCUUAGAGCUGCCAGCAGAUCAGACACCACGGCAAACUCCAGAAAUUCCACGUGAAGAGAACUGCUUCCAUGUCGGCAUGCGGCCAAUGUCCCCGGCCGGUGCAUGGCCUCCGCCUACUCAGCAUACGCGUCCUCACGUCUUUCAUGGCUUCAACCACGUCGCUUCUAUGCACGAUGUACUGGAUCCAAUCCCGAUGCUCGGCAAGGAGUCACCGGCACGUGUGCGAGGUGGCAGUAUCAUCAGUCAAACGGCCGGACAUGCCCCGGAUCAGUCCAUUCCCCCUCCACCACCGGCUUUAUUUGGUCAGGAGAGGUUCAGUUAUCUUCGAAAUGAUUCGGUCAUGCGCUUGUCAUCGAUGAGUAUCGACACGACCAAUAGCUCCAUUCUGGAAGACGGUCGAAAUGGCUCCCGAUCUGCAGACAUUGAUCUUGUCUCCCCCAUCUUUCCAUCUGGUGGCACAUUCGUGCCGUACAGCGCUAACGACGUCGGUGUGGAAAAUGGUCGACGGAGCUACAUUGCUGCGAACACAUCCAUGCCUCCCAGCUUUGUGAUGCGUUCCUCGUCUAAUGCUGGUGGGUCCAGGAAGGUCUCUGGUGAGACCAUUUCCCCUCGUCGCAGCAUGACCACGACCGCUCGCCUGCCCGGCAACUCCAACAUCGAAUCACAGAGGCUCCCUCGUCGAAGCGAAUCACUGUCGUACAAUCAAUCAAGGACUCACCAUUCGUUACGUGCCGGCAAUCUUGCGUCUAUGAACAUGCGCUGGAGCGAUAGUAAUGGAUCAACCUCGCGACCAUUGGCGUCUAACAUGUCAACUGAUUUCCAGUCGAGCCAGCAUCAACAGCGCCAAACACCUCAUUCUGCAUAUGAUGCGCUUGAGAAUGAUCCCUUUUACUGUGGUUCUCCAGCCUCCACCGGCUCACUAUUCUCAGUCGGUUCACCAAUCCAGCCACGAAGUCGCACGCCACAAAGCCCCAUGCAACGCUCAAGUGGUUCUUUGAAAGGGCCCCUUCACUCAGCACUGGGUGGUUCCAACUCUCAUCGGAAGAGCAAAGGACACAGGCGUCAAAAUUGUGUUCGCAUAUCUAUUCAUCCGCCAAUGACUUUCGGAGGUCCUGCUUUCUCCCCUACUGUUGAGGAAGAACCUGAAGAUCUUGAUGCAAUGGAAGAAGUUGAUCUUCGGGAGACUGCGAUCCAGAUGCCGUCGCAGCCCCAGCCAUCCCGGUCACCAGAUGGGCCACGUUCCCAACCUCGCUCUGGACGUCAGGCCAGUAGUCGCCGGAACAAACCCUCAGUGUCGAGCUCCUUAGCUCCCUUGGCUGAGGAGCCGCAGUCUUUAUUGCAGACGAGGGUUCCAUCCAAGAAAAGAAAGAAGGCGCCCUCGGAUAUACUGGAAGAGGCGCCCCUGUUCGUCAGCGGGCAUGGCUUACCUGGUAUCUUCACGUCUGUUCCUCCUCCGCACGAGGUCGAUCUAUCUCAUACCCCGUCACCUGAGCGAGAGUCCGGGGUUUGGGAGUUGAGAGAAAAUCAACCGCCAGUAGACCAGGGACAUGUGGCCCGCGAAACACCCAGCGGCCCGCGAACGCCGCCCCGAACGAAACAACACGAUCGACAAUCCCUACAAUCCUCCCAUGGGAGCUCUUCGGGUGCCAAGGGUCAAUCCACGCCCCUCAAAGGGCCUCUGUCGCCCAAGGGUGACUCACGUAUGAGCAGCGGAAUAGGCGAUGACUGGCGGAACUCGAUCGACUCGUUGUAUGCAAGUCCAGGAUCUUACAGACAAAGCCGUGGCUCUCAACGCUCGUCGUUUACCGAGACUGGCUCGGUGGCGCGUCCAGUGUCGCCUCUCAUUUUCUCAAAAGGCUCGGGUGGAAAAGAAAAGGUCACCAUCUGGGAGGAUGCCAAUCGCAGUGCUUCGCCUACCAAGCGAACUUCAACCCAAUUUGCCGCCGGCUACACCUUCCAGCUCGAGACCAACCUUUCACCCUCCUAUGCCCGGAUGAGCGUUCCACGGUCUCUCCCCAAGCGUGAAGAGCAGUCACCUACUCGUCCUUCGGGCAGUCGCGCCACUCCAACCCUCACUCCCACCCGCCGUACUCUGAUGACACCAACUGGGAAGGGCCUCGGGAUCGGGGUCACUUGCGCGACGCCAGUCAGUCUCUAUGAUGGCGAUGGAUUCUUGAAGGAGUAG